CAGAGCUAGAGUCAGUAUUGGCCCGGCAGCCGUCCAGUGAGGUUGAAGCCAUACGCGCUCUCAUCCCACUUCCGACCCACGUGUUUUAUCUCUUCACUACACAGAAGAUCUUAGAAUUUAUUUAAUAUCUCAGUAAUAUAUUAUCACUAAAUCACUACUGGUUGAUAGAGAUAUUGAACAUUUUUAUUACAGAUAGAUAUGAUAAUUAUUAGAGUAUCUUUCUGAUUUGUGUAAACUCGAAACAAAAACUGAUCGAAUUAUUUUCAAAUUAUUCAUCGGUAACGUGAUAUUAUUCUAAGUCUGUGUUGCCGAUAUUUAGGUCUCAAGAAUUCUGCACAGUCUAGUUAAGAUGCGGGCAACGUGGGUUCUCAACUGCCUCUUCCUGACGAUGACGAUGAUGUCUGCUCCACUCCUGACGAAGGCUGAGGUCUACACGUCCAUAAAUGACUUGACAGCCGUGUUUGCCAUGGAGAGACGGGUGGUGGCUGCUCUUACUAGCUACGUGGACGAUAUGGAAACCCGACUGAACAAGAUUAAAAGGUACCUUCAGGACUAUGAGCAGGUGUCAGCAGAGGGACCCGCUACUGAUGAAGUGAUGAUGGAGAGGUUGGCAGGUAACCCAGUCCACGCCUUCCACCUGAUGAAGAGGAUUACUGUCGAUUGGAGGCACAUUGAGGACCAAGCUAAGGUGGAUCAUUGGAGAGGCGUGGAGGAGGCCAUGAGAAACGUGGGCGUGGGCGUGAAGCUACCACGGGAGGAGGACCUACACGGGGCAGCCCAGGCCCUAAUAAGACUCCACGAUGUAUAUAACCUGAACAUGACCCAGCUAGUGAGGGGGAAUGUGUGGGGGGUGGAGAGUACUGCAGAGAUGACGUCCCAGGAUUGCCUCUUCAUGGGGAAACACUCGUUCAACUUGGGCCUGUACCCUCGAGCCAUCCAGUGGUUUGAGGAGGCCUACACUCUGGCCGGUGAGGAGAGUAACACGACAGUAACUCAGGAACAAGUGAAUAUGUUCCUUAACACCGCUAUCAAGGCUUAUGAUGAGAACAUAGCCAGUCAGGUCGACAAUGAGGAAGAGGAAGUACACAAGGAAGACUUCAGCGCUUCCUUACGAGAUGAUCACAACAAGAAGAAAAACGAAAAGGUGCCAAAAUAUCGCCUUGGGGUAGACUUGACGCCACCAGAAGAUGCAGCCAAUUUCCAAGCUCUGUGUCGUGGGGAGCAGCUAUUGAAUGAGUCGUAUCAGGCCACCUUAUCCUGCUUCUAUGACUCCCGAGAUGACCAUUACCUGAAGCUGAUGCCCGUCAAGGUAGAGAGACAUCACUGGCACCCGGAGCUCCUGACCUUCCACGACGUGCUUACGGACAACGAGAUCGCCCUCAUCAAGCUGCUAGCCCAACCCGUGUUGGCCAGAGCGAUGGUACAGGGAGCCCAAGGUAAAGGAAACACCAUCAGCAAUACGCGCACCUCCAAGGUUGGUUGGCUGGACGACUCGGUACACCCCCUCGUGGCUAAAAUUGGUGACCGCAUCCAGCGUAUCUCCAAGCUCUCUACUAAUAUGGCCUCUGAAGACGCUGAGCUCCUGCAGGUGGCUAACUACGGCAUUGGUGGCCACUACAAUCCUCACCAUGACUACCUGCUGGUGGACAAGACGGAGAAGGAGCUGCUACACAACAUACAUCCCCGGGAGCUGGUGAUGGGUGACCGUAUAGCCACCUUUAUGUUUUAUCUGAGUGAUGUGACCAGGGGAGGUGCCACGGCUUUCCCUCGGCUUGGCACGGCUGUUUGGCCUAGCAAGGGGUCAGCAGCCUUCUGGUUUAACUUAAAGAAAUCUGGACAUGCCGACAUAGCCACUCUUCACGGUGCAUGUCCGGUGGUUCAUGGCUCCAAGUGGGUAAGCAACAAGUGGAUCAGAGAGCGAGGACAAUUCUUGAGGAGGAAAUGUGGAAUGUGCCCGGACGAAUAGUGGAGGACGUCAAAAAGGCUUCCGUCCAUCUACGUCUAAAAGGCUUCCGUCCAUCUACGUCUAAAAGGCUUCCGUCCAUCUACGUCUAAAAGGCUUCCGUCCAUCUACGUCUAAAAGGCUUCCGUCCACCUACGUCUAAAAGGCUUCCGCGUCCAGCUACGACUAAAAGGCUUCCGUCCAUCUACGUCUAAAAGGCUUCCGUCCACCUACGUCUAAAAGGCUUCCGUCCAUAUACGUCUAAAAGUAUCCAAUGAAAUACCUACAGUCCACUGGGGUCAACUAAUCCAAUCAGUAUGGUUAGCGUGGAUUAGGGAGUAUUAAGGGAUUAGGUAUAUAUAUUUGAACUCUUGAAGUGAUUAGAUGUUUACAUAAAAUGAUUAGAAGAUUGUAAUUCACGUAAGAUGACAGAUUAGGACGUUACCCUGUAUUAUUAGCCCAUGACUAUACACGUGAAAGUAUACACAAACCCAUGACUGCAUACCGAUGAAUGUUUACCUGACCCAUGACUGCAUACCGAUGAAUGUUUACCUGACCCAUGAAUGAAUACCUAAAUGUUUACCUGACCCAUUAAUGAAUACUUAUUAAUGUGUACCUGACCCAUGACUGCAUACCGAUGAAUGUUUACCUGACCCAUGACUAUAAUUAUGCAUGUAUACACCCAUGACUAACCCAUGACAGCAUACAGACUCUUUGUAAAUAUACCAAGUAACUCUGUAUUAGGUAGAUAUACAUCAAUCUAUCUUGUAUGAUCCUGUAUGUAUAUUUUUCUUGCCUGUAUAUUAAGUAUCUUUAUGUAUUUCAGUAUUUUCAAUGAUUUUCUCACUUACAUUAAUACCAUAGAUACUUAAGGUGUGUGUGUGUGUGUGUGUGUGCGCGCGAUGUAAGCAGCAGAUGUAAUAUUUUAAACAGUUUCUCUGAAGUAGCAAAACUAAUCACCAUUGAGAAAUAAGAAUUACAUUGGUAUAAUUUGGUAAUAAUGAUAACCUGUAUAAUAAUUCGUAUAAUCAGGUCUAUGUAGUGUGAUAUAAUCGACCAGUAAUUGUGUGUUUCUCU